AGUAGUAGUAGUAGUAGUAGUAGUAGUAGUAGUAGUAGUAGUAGUAGUAGUAGUAGUAGUAGUAGUCGUAGUCGUAGUCGUAGUCGUAGUCGUAGUCGUAGUCGUAGUCGUAGUCGUAGUCGUAGUCGUAGUCGUAGUCGUAGUCGUAGUCGUAGUCGUAGUAGUCGUAGUCGUAGUCGUAGUCGUAGUCGUAGUCGUAGUAGUCGUAGUAGUAGUAGUAGUAGUAGUAGUAGUAGUAGUAGUAGUAGUAGUAGUAGUAGUAGUAGUAGUAGUAGUCGUAGUCGUAGUCGUAGUCGUUGUCGUAGUCGUAGUCGUAGUCGUAGUCGUAGUAGUCGUAGUCGUAGUCGUAGUCGUAGUCGUAGUAGUAGUAGUCGUAGUAGUAGUAGUAGUAGUAAUAGUAAUAAAUUGCUUUAUUUGCAUGACCGCAUCACUUUACAGUAUUGCAAAAGCAUGUAUAUGACAAUCAAAAUAAAAAAAACAAAACAGCACUAAUAACAAUCUAGAAAAAUUCGGUUACAUUACUAACAAUGAAUCACGUAUUUUCAUGCAGGAGGAGACAAACUUCAUAACUAACUUAUUUACAUGAUGUUCCUUCGAAUUCAUUAUCAGUUUUAUGCGUUCCGGAGAUGAUUUCUUGUCAAAGUCAGGUAUUAUUCGAUUGAUUUGAUUAAUAAAUGCCUGUCUCUGUACUGAGUAUUUGUUACAUUGAAAGAUGAAAUGAAUCUCAUCUUCUACCUGAUUUGAGUUACAUAAAGGACAUAAUCUAUUUUCUCUUGGCAAAUGAUCGAUUUGGUAUCGACCAUGUUCAAUCAUAAGUUUGUGAUUACUUAUUUUAAAUUUAACAAAAUUCUGUCGUUCGUCAUAAUGUCUUAGCUGGUAGAGAUAAUCAGAUGUAGAAUAUUCAUCUUUAAAAGUUUUAUAAAAUUCUAGUUUUUUUGAAUUUUCGAGGCUAUGCCGCCAAAAAGAUAGAUAUUUCUCUCUCAUUUCUGUGGUAUAUCGUCUAAUUUUAUCAUUAUCUAGAGAUUCAGCAUCUAAACUGGUUAGAUUGUAUUGUUCAAGCAUGUUUAUGAAAUUGGAAAAAUAUCCGGAAUUAUUCAUAGAAUGUAGAUUCUUUGACAUAAGGAAAGACUGUUUGACUAUAGAGUCAUUAUCUUUGUUGUUGAGGUAAACAAAAUAUUUCAUAAUUUUCUGAUUUAUCGGGAUAAGCAGCGGCAGUCUAUCAAGUUCAGCUCUGCAGGCUAUGUUAGAGGCCUUAUUGUUAACCUCUAAGUAACGUUUACAGAAUUUGAGGUGGAUUUUUUCUAUUGGGGAGCUAUCCCAUUUUUUAAAAUCUUGCUUGGUGUACAUUCCCCAUACCUCGCUGUUGUAACUCAAGAUUGGGAAUACCAUGGUGUCAAAAAUUUGGGAUGCAGUAUUAGGAUUAAGUUUGUUAAGAAUUGUCCGCUUCCGAAUACUAGAAAACGCGUGAAGGGCCUUUUCUUUUAAGUGUUCGAGUGCAAGUGUAAAGUUUCCCGUUGGAGUUAAACGUGUACCUAAAUAAGUGUAUUCUUGGACAAUUUCAAUUGACUCACUGCCUAUGUUGAAUUUGAUGUCAAUAGAUUUUUUGGGGCGUUUCUGGAAUAUCAUAAUUUUUGUUUUCUUGGGAUUAAUUUUUAGCUUCCAUUUGUCACAAUACAAAGAAAGCGCAUUUAAACAGUUCUGUAAUCCAGUUUUCGAUCUUGAUAGAAUAACUAAAUCAUCUGCGUAGAAAAGUGAAUUUAUUUUUUUCCCAUUUGGGAGAACAAAUGGGUCAGAUAAGGUGUUUUCGAAUAAAAGUGGUAGAUUGUUUAAAUAGAGGUUAAAUAAAAGAGGGCUUAAAAUACAGCCUUGACGUACACCUCUGGAAUAUGAAAAAGGCUGCGUUUUGUUUUCACCGAUUUUGAUGGAACAUGUCGAGUUGCAAUAAAGACUUUUCAUGAGGUUGUACAAGUUUCCUCCUAUAUUCGUUUUUAGCAGCUUAUAAAACAAUCCUUCGUGCCAAACAGAGUCAAACGCUUUGCGGAAAUCUACGAAACAAGCGUAGACUUUUUCCUUGUGAUAAUGCACAUAUUUAUCUAUUAGGGUCCUUAGAGUGAAAACAUGGUCUGCAGUGCGGUUUUCAGGCAAAAAGCCAAUUUGGGAAUUAUGUAAUAUCUUAUUUUCCUCAAAAUACAAGUGAAGUCUUCGAUUUAAAAUAGAACAGAACAGUUUUCCAAGGCAACUAGAAACACAUAUGCCUCUGUAAUUUGUUGGAUCACUCUUGUCACCAGAUUUGUAAAUUGGGGUUAUGAGGCCUUGACACCAAACAUCUGGCAUUUUUCCGGAUUGUAAAAUGAGGUUAAAAAGUUUGACAUAGACAGGCAUUAGUGGUUCGAGGCUUGCUUUGAUCAUUUCAUUUCGUAUUUUGUCAACAAAUGGUGAUUUCUUAUUUUUCUUUUUUUUCUUAUUUUUCAAGUAGUAGUAGUAGUAGUAGUAGUAGUAGUAGUAGUAGUAGUAGUAGUAGUAGUAGUAGUAGUAGUAGUAGUAGUAGUAGUAGUAGUAGUAGUAGUAGUAGUAGUAGUAGUAGUAGUAGUAGUAGGAGCAGCAGUAGCAGUAGUAGUAGUAGUAGUAGUAGUAGUAGUAGUAGUAGUAGUAGUAGUAGUAGUAGUAGUAGUAGUAGUAGUAGCAGCAGCAGCAGCAGUAGUAGUAGUAGUAGUAGUAGUAGUAGUAGUAGUAGUAGUAGUAGUAGUAGUAGUAGGAGUAGUAGUAGUAGUAGUAGUAGUAGUAGUAGUAGUAGUAGUAGUCGUCGUCGUCGUCAUCGUAGUAGUAGUCGU